UUGGACUCGAUGGUUAGAACUUAUUUUGAAAGACAAUGAAGUGGUUGCUACUCGGAUUCCUAUUCCUUUGGUUUAUAACUAUUCAUGAUACAAGUCAAUUUAGGCCAAACUCGGCUUGUUUGGUGAGAAAUAAAUACAAACAUGAGAGCAGUUGCUCAGGACCGCGUCGUAAAUUCUAUGCCUUUCAUCGCAUUAUUUUGGACUGCGUUUCGGUCUUUACCAAGUGCAAACGAUUUCAUAUACACAAUGAAUAUCCGACGCUCAAGAAGUGUCAAUACGAUUGUGCAUGGCACAUGAAAGUUCGACUUUCGACCAAUAGUAGCAAUUCUACAAAUGCAACAACUGGAGGUAGCGGUGUCCUAGAUCCCACUGACGCUCCUGCUGAUGCUCCGGCUGACGCUCCGGCUGAUGCUCCGGCUGACGCUCCUGACGACGGUGCUGAAGAGGCACCCGCUGAUGCUUAACGUUGAACCACCCGAUUUAAUGUUGUUGUUUCUUCCUAUUUGGCUUGAAUAAAAAUAACAGGGACUGUAA